AUGGCGGAUACUGUAACAUACUCCAAAUUUGCCUGCGUAGGUACUGGGUUCUCAGGCAUUGGCCUUGGUGCAACGCUACGGCGAUGGUAUAACGAGAGCGAUAUCAGGUACUUCGAGAGACGUGAUAAGCUAGGCGGGACAUGGUAUAUUAACAAGUAUCCUGGUGCCGCUUGUGAUGUCCCUAGCGCAUUCUAUAGUCUGUCUUACGAACAGAACACCGAAUGGUCACGGAUACUACCGACCACCGAUGAAAUCGAGGCUUAUCUACAACGAGUUGCACAGAAAUAUGAUCUCCUUUCAAAGAUGACAUUCGGAGUUGAAGUGACCGAGUGUCGGUGGGUUGAAGCGCAGAAUCGUUGGCGACUGACCAUUCGAGACGACCGGCACAAUAAGAUCCUUGUACACGAAGCAAGUAUUCUGUUCUCGGCCAGCGGACAGCUCGUGUAUCCAUUAGAUCUCGACGUACCAGGCGUAGAGACUUUCAAGGGGGGCAUCUUCCAUUCUGCUCGUUGGCGAAAGGACAUUGGACGCUCCAAACACUGGGUCUUCCCCCCGAUCGAUUUCCCAUACCCGAGAUGGUUAAAGUGGGCAUUCAAACAUGUUCCUUUUAUCCUACGCCUCCACCGCUUUCACAUCUUCCUCCAGGCAGAAAGCCAGUUUAAGCUAUUUCCUCUGACUGAGAAGGCUGGCAGAUUGAGAGCAGCAAUGCGAGUGCAGGUGCAACGGUACAUGCGUGAAACAGCGCCCGAAAAGUACCACGACAUUCUAAUCCCCGACUUUGACGUCGGCUGCAAACGACGUAUUUUCGACAGCGGCUACUUGAAAAGCCUGCACGCGUCCAAUCUCGUCUUGACCAACAAGAAAGCCAUUGAGAGCGUGCCUGAUGGUGUCCGGACUGAAGAAAAGACCAUAAAGACUGAUGUCAUAAUCCUCGCAAACGGAUUUCGGACCAACGACUUUGUUUCACCUUUAAAGGUGAUCGGGCGCGAUGGCGAGCUCCUGACCGAACACUGGGAGAAGGCCGGUGGUCCUGAGGCUUACAAUUGCUCGGUCAUGAGCGGGUUUCCUAACUUCUUCCUACUCCUAGGACCUAAUGCCGCUACGGGCCACACGUCCGCAAUCAUGGCCUCGGAAAACUCCAUCAACUACGCGCUCAGGUUCCUCAAGCCGGUCAUCACCGGCAAGGCAGCAACCGUGGAGAUCAAAGCAGAUGCCGAGAUUGCGUACACGAACAAAAUGCAAGAUGAUCUGUCGAAGACAGUGUGGAAUAGUGGGUGUCAGAGCUGGUACAUCAAGGAGGAUCAGGGUCAAAGAUGGAACGCAAUGAGUUAUCCAUACUCCCAAGCGCAUUUUUGGUAUCGCAGCGUCUUGCCGACUUGGAAGGAUUGGAAAAUCAAGAACUCGUCGAGAGAUACCUACUGCCAACUAUAUCUCUUUUUGGCGAUAUUGGGCGCGAGCUGUCUGACCGCCGUAUUGACAAAGGUGUAG